AUGCUGAGAACACAGAUCGGUACAAUUGUUGAUCCAUACCAUCUACGGCCAGAUCAGUAUAAUCUCUACGUGACUUCUGAUGGCGACGUCAACUUUGAUGAUUUUAUCCAACUGCAGUAUCAAGUACUUUCACUUUCCACGUUUAUUCAAACGGACAAGCCCAUAUACAAACCAGGAGAAAUAGUUUAUUUCCGAGUGUUCAGUCUAAACCGACACCUGAAGACCGUCCAUGCACCAAUGAACAUUUCUAUCUACGACAGCAAACACAACCUUUUGGGUCAAUGGCUGAAUCAAAUCGCUGCUUCAGGAGUUAUUUCCAAAUCAUUUGAACUCUCAGACCAGCCCUUGUUGGAUGAAUGGGUUAUCAAAGUCUGGCACAAGGGCGAACAUUCAAUUCGAACAUUUUUGGUCGAGGAAUACGUGCUCCCUCGUUUUGAAGUGAAAACUGAAGUCACCCCUUUCCUUCCAAACUUCAACUUGGGAAUGUUUCACCUGCUAAAACGAACAAUUAGAGUCAAAGUCACCGCCAGAUAUACUCAAAACAAACCUUUACGAGGUUUGGCUGUGUUGCAUAUCAAUAUAUGGUCGUAUAUCCCUUCAAAGACAGUAACAAAGACUAAAGAGAUUUACGGUGAGACAGUUUUUGAUAUCCGAAUCGAGGACUUGAUUGCUUCAAGUCAGGACCCAGUUGUCGAAGUGAAACGCCACCAGGGGUGGACUUUCAACAGUGUCUCUUUUAACGCUUCUGUCACCGAGGAUCUCACGGACAAAACCAUUUAUGCCCCACUUGCUCGCACUGAAAUAGUUGCGGCCCCCGUUGACAUUUAUUUCACCGAUACAGAUAGUUAUUUCAAAGGCGGUCUUACUUCUAGACAUCAACUGCUAAUCACCAGGCGAGAUGGCAGACCAUUGCGACACGAUGAUUAUAAUCAGCCUUUGGAUGUGUCUAUUAAAUCAGGCACACAGCUUGUUAAGGAAACCACUUAUAAUAUUUCUAAAGACGGGAAAGUGUUGAUUUCCUUUGAACCACCAAUGAAUGCAACCUCUAUUUCAAUAGAUGUUACUUACUAUGCAACAGAAAAUGGUAUCAAAUAUAAACUCCCUAAUAAUAGAUACCUUCAGCCUUACCAAACACAGUAUGGAGAUAACAUACAAGUUACACUUUUAACUAAUAACGCUACAGCGGGAGACAUGAUGAAAUUCAGAGUCGAAUCUACGCUGCCAAUGAAUAGAUUCAUAUACACAGUAAGUAUCAGUUCACUUGAAAUUACACAUCUACGUAUUUUGAGCAGAAAAAUGUUUGUCUCGUAUACUUUCUUUUAUUCAUUCCUUCUCCUUUUUUUAUUCCUUCUCUUUCUCUUUUUUCUUUUUCGUUCUGUCUCUUUUCGCUGCCUAUCUGUUGUUUGUUCGUCUUCUUUUUGGCUUUCUUAUUUUCGAUUUCAUCUGUUUCGCUUCCUUCUGUUACUCUCCCUUCUGUUACUCUCCCUUUUAUCAUUCACCUAUUUCUUUGUUACUGUCGUCUUUCGGUUUAUCACUGUCGUUUUUCUGUUUCUCUUUCUAGCUGUCUUUCUUAUGUUCGAUAGUCUUUCAUUUUUCGUCUGUAUUUUCUUUAUCAGGUUUUAUAUUUAUCUUCCUUUUGUCAUUUUUUCUGGGGUUUUUUUUCUCGCUUGUAUUGCUUUGUUUGUAUUUUCUUUGUCUUCACGUUUUUCUUCUUUGUUUUGCUUUCUCCACUCUCCUUUACCCUGCUUUGUAUUUCUUCCUCUGGAUUCUCAUAGUUUCUUUCCAUUUCGUCUGUCUUCCCUUUUUAUUCAUUUUUGUCUUUCUUCUCUCUAUUUUUCCGCUCCUUUGUCUAUCUAUCUAUCUAUCUAUCUAUCUAUCUAUCUAUCUAUCUAUCUAUCUAUCUAUCCCAUUCUUUUCAUAUCUAUCUAUCUAUCCCAUCUAUCUAUCUAUCUAUCUAUCUAUCUAUCUAUCUAUCUAUCCAUCCAUCAUUCUUUUCAUAUCUAUCUAUCUAUCUAUCAUAUCUAUCUAUCUAUCUAUCUAUCUAUCCCAUUCUUUUCAUAUCUAUCUAUCUAUCUAUCUAUCUAUCUAUCUAUCUAUCUAUCUAUCUAUCUCAGUCUGUUCAUAUCUAUCUAUCUAUCUAUCUAUCUAUCUAUCUAUCUAUCUAUCUAUCUCAUUCUUUUCAUAUCUAUCUCAGUCUGUUCAUAUCUAUCUAUCUAUCUAUCUAUCUCAUUCUUUUCAUAUCUAUCUAUCUAUCUAUCUCAUUCUUUUCAUAUCUAUCUAUCUAUCUAUCUAUCUAUCUAUCUAUCUAUCUCAGUCUUUUCAUAUCUAUCUAUCUAUCUAUCUAUCUAUCUAUCUAUCUAUCUAUCUAUCUAUCUAUGUCAAUUUUUCUGA